AAUUGUUUUAGAUCACUCAUGCAUUUUUAUUUAUCCACCUUGUUAUGCUAUCAUAAUUUAUUAAACUCAUAUUUUUAUCUGGAUGCAUCUGCCACAAGGUGCAUUUUAUUUUUCCGAGAUUUGAGAGACAUGCAUUUUUCAUACUCCGUAUGCGUCCUGAUGUUGCUCGUACAGGACUUUGUUUGUAUGGAUGACACGGAUGAGACAGAUGAUGUUGUUGUAAUCAAGUAUUUGAACAAGCCUAUCGAUACAUUAGUUGAAAAAAUGACCGUUGAUGAGCUGACUAUACGUCUUGGUUUGGCAGAAUCAGAUAUAAGAGAAUAUCUUAAGAAAGAAAAUAUAGCAAACAAAGAUAAAGUACAUUUGAAGAAAAGUAGUGGAGUUAUUCGCAAGUUAUUGUCUACAAUGAAAGGCUUACCGAAUCUUUUAAAAAAUACCAAAAAGAAAUUAACAGAUUUGAAAGACAACCUUAACUCGAAAAUAGCAACAACAACUGUCGUUACAACCGAAUUCGAAACCGAAACCAAACGAUUAAUAAAACUCAUAUCUGAUGUAAUCACAGAAGAACGAAAAACUUUUCGUACAGACAUUGACAAUUUUAAAGGACUCCUGGCUGCAUUUAAAACCUUUAAGUUUAUGCAGAAUUCGCCUGCUAUUGCAGAAGCCCUGAAAAAGAUAAAGGCUCUUAGCAAAAAACAUCAGAUUGUUGUAAAAAGUCUUAACAAAGCUCGAAUACCAGAUGUCCCGCAUUGGCUGGCGUGGGGCCCUUGGAGCCGAUGUCCUGGUAUGAUGGCACGGUGUGGUUGGAGAGAACGUCGUAAGAUAUGCAUGGACGAUAGGGAAAGCAUACAACCGAGUGACAGAUGUUUCGGCCAACAACCAUCUGAAGAAGAACAAUGCGCUGGUUGUUUAAUAACAUUCGAUGGGGGAAGAUCGACUGGCGGUCAACGCGUGUAUAACAUUUCAAUGUAUUCUUAUAUUGUCUCCAUAUCAAAAAGUGUUCAAUAUGGAAGCGAAGAAACUGGUCACUUCUGCGGCGGCAUCAUUCUUACAGACGUAUGGAUUAUGACUGCAGCGCAUUGUGUUUGUCAAGGAGGCCAUUGCUGUUCGGAGGACUUCAAGUUUUUGGACUCGAAAUGUGAUCUGAAAAAUUUGAACGUGACUGCUGGCUUACUGAAACCCCAUAGCACUACAAAAGGUCAUAAAGACGACGGUCAAACUAGACAAGUAUCCAGUGUCAUAAUUCACGAGGAUUAUGCAACUGAUUCAUACGGCAACCCAUUAAGAAAAGACAUCGCAAUGAUAAAACUCGAUACACCACUGGACUUCACAAAACGAAAUGUAAGACCAUGUGACCUUCCAACUAGUAGAUGUAGAGGUCCUGCAGAAGAGACUUGCAUUAGACAUAGCGAAUGGGAGCGAUGGGACUGUGAAAUAGCAGGAUGGGGCGUAUUUAAAGGAAAUUCUGCCUCUGACGUGCUGAGGAAGUUAGAUGUUGCGACGUAUAGUGAUAGUGGAAGUAUUAUAAAUGCUACUCAGACUGUUGUAGGGACCACUGCUAAGGGUAAAGGGACACCAUGCAAGGGUGACAGUGGUGGUCCAUUGGUAUGUACGGACGGCACUGUAUGGCCACAUAGAUCUGUUGUCAUAGGUAUAAUGAGUAUGAUUACUCUACGUGGCUGCACUAGGUACAGCGAAGGAGAAACAGUACACACAGACGUCCCUCAUUUGUUGCCAUGGAUAUCUGAUAAAAUAGCAGAAUGGAGUGACUGGAGUCAGACUUGUCAUAAGAAAGGCGACACAAGGAUACGAGUGAAGUACUGCCUUUUCAAUGGCUACUUUAGUCUAAAUAAUACACAGUACCAAACGUUUUUUAACACCAAAGAGAGAUGCAGCAAGGAAGAGAAGGAACUGUGCCAAGAAACCAAACAGUUUAAGUCAACUAGUGGAAAGAAAAUUGUCUCUGAUUUUGAGGAAUAUGCUUACAUGGUUUAUGUUUCAUACGGGGAGAUAAAUGAUGAUUUCAAUUCAUAUUGUGCUGGGAUAAUAAUCAGUGACUCCUGGGUUAUGACAACUGUAGUUUGCGCAUGCAUCAAUGGAAGAUGCUGUUCGGAUAACAAUGACUAUUCAUCUACAAUAUGUGAAUUGAAGAA